AUGUCUCAUCACGCCGGGCUAUUAGCAUUAAACUUUCAGAAACUACAAGCCGUUUUCAGGGAGUCGGUGGGCGCUCAAAUCCGCUGUCAGGCCGUUGAACGAAUGCAGGAGCAGUACGAGGAUGCAAGGUGGAUGGCAUCAAUCCUCUUCCCUAUGUCGGGCUGCAAGCUUGCAGGUCACGAAUGGUUCGCAAAGGCUACGCCGUAA